UGUGAUGCACAGGGCAGUGAGGUUCCAGAGAAACCAAGAAAAAGAGAGAGAGAGAGACUGUACGUCAAUGGCUAUAUAGAAAGACUUUUAGAGAGAGAAACUGUACCAAAGAGUUAAGAAAGAGAGAGACAAAGGGAUCCUGUCGCCCAUUGACCUACUGCCUCCAGAGAGACUCCAUUAGCUUUCAAUAAACGCGUCUACCUAAUUAGCCAUGCCCUCCUUAAGAAAUUCAUGAAACGAAAUUAAAAAAACAGUUAGCUUUGUUGAAUUGUUUUUUCACCAUGGUACUUAAGAACCAGAGAGAGAGAGAGAGCCUGUAGCUUUCAAAAGGCAUGCCCUUCUUCAUAUAUCAAGCAUGAGAUAGGAAGCAAAGCAAGGCAUUCAUAAAAACCAAGCAGGAGCCAUGGAUGCCGAGAGAGGUGAGAAGGAGUCCCAGCAUUCUCAGUCUGAUGCGAAUGGCGGCAUAACCUUCGCCAAGGCUUGUUUCAAUCUGUUAAACGUUUUGUCAGGAAUUGGGAUAGUAGCAGUUUCAUAUGCAGUAUCAGAAACUGGGUGGAUGAGCUUACUGUUGCUCAUUCUUGUGGCGAUCGUAGCUUGCUAUACUGCUUCACUUCUCAUCCGAUGCAUGCAAACGGAUCCAAAAAUUCGAGCGUACCCCGAAAUCGCCAACUUAGCCUUUGGUCGUAAAGGAAAAAUCUUUGUAUCAGUAGCUCUAUGCCUCUCAAUGUACAUGAUUGCAGUGGAGCAACUGAUAAUAGAAGGUGACAAUUUGGAAAAAAUGUUUCCCAAUAUGAGUUUAAGACUUGGAGGGUUUAAAAUAGAAGGGAGAAAAGCUUUUGUCUUCAUAUCUUCCUCGAUAAUAUUACCCACUGUUUGGCUAAGAGGUUUGGGGCCUCUAGCUUAUGUCUCAGCUUGUGGGGUUUUGGCCCCUAUUCUUAUAGUGGGAUCAGUUGUUUGGGUUGGCUUGUUUGAUGGGGUUGCUUUUCAUCCAAGUAAAAGGCUUUUUAGUUACAAAGGUUUGCCCACAACUGCUAGUAUUUUUGCAUUUUGCUUAUCAGGACAUGGAGUUCUGCCCACCAUUACCUCCUCAAUGAAAGACAGGAGCAAGGCCAUGAAAAUGAUCAUUGUUUGUUUUGCAACUGCUGCUUUGACCUAUUCAAUAAUGGCAGUAUCUGGGUACCUAAUGUAUGGACAAAAUGUAAAGUCUCAAAUCACUUUGAAUCUUCCAAAAGGAAAGAUCAGCUCCAAGAUAGCUAUAUACACCAUCAUCACAAUUCCCAUUGUGAAAUAUGCAAUAGUUGUGACCCCAAUUGUAGUUGCAGUAGAAGAUGCAGUCCCCAUUUGCAAGAGAAUAGUCAUGAGCCUUCUGUUUAGAACAAUGUUGGUGGCUAGCACUGUGAUAGUGGCUCUCACAGUUCCAUUCUUUGGGUAUUUGGUUGCCUUGGGUGGAUCAGCUCUUAAUAGUACUUUGAAUUUCCUCUUGCCAUGCCUUUUUUACUUGAAGAUCACAAAGAAUUCAAAGCAUGGAAAGGUGGAGAUGGGGAUCAUAGUGGGGAUUAUGAUCAUGAGCUCCAUUAUUGCAGUUCUAGGGACUUACACAUCUAUGAAAAGGAUCUUGCAACAUCUGUAAAUAUCUAAGCUGGUUUGUUUGAGAGGUGAUUGGGCUAGGUUUAGCUAUAAGUUUGCAACUUUAGUAAGAUUUUAUUUGGUCUUCCUA